AUGCCCUUCCUUGGUCUCUCUAAAGAGAUGGUGUCAAGCAUUUGUCAUCGAGGAUCAUUACUGCCUUUCCUCCUGGAGACAAUCAGAGAGCCGACAGCCUUCAUUCCAGUGCAGAGGGAGUUUACGGGUCUUGCCCUCUGGUCUCUGGUUAGGCUUUGUUAUUGCUCUGAUGCACUUCCUCGACAGCAGGAGUGCUCAGAGACCCAGCCCCUGUCCGUGGACCAGCGUCCUUCCGUGUUGGCACUCCCUUCUUCCAGCUCUUGGACAUUUGAAAAAGGACGCAUCUACACAUUCAUUGGAGAAGUCGUCGUCUCUGUGAAUCCCUACAAGUCGUUGAACAUCUAUGGGAGAGACACGAUCGAGCAGUACAAAGGCCGUGAGCUGUACGAGAGACCCCCGCAUCUUUUUGCCAUUGCUGAUGCUGCUUACAAGGCUAUGAAGAGGCGAUCGAAAGACACUUGCAUUGUGAUAUCAGGGGAAAGCGGAGCCGGUAAAACAGAAGCCAGUAAGUACAUCAUGCAGUACAUUGCGGCCAUCACCAACCCCAGUCAGAGAGCGGAGAUCGAAAGAGUGAAGAAUAUGUUGCUUAAGUCUAACUGUGUCCUGGAAGCUUUUGGAAAUGCCAAAACCAACCGCAAUGACAACUCAAGCAGGUUUGGAAAAUAUAUGGAUAUCAACUUUGAUUUCAAGGGAGACCCAAUUGGUGGACACAUCAAUAACUACUUAUUGGAGAAGUCUCGAGUUAUUGUGCAACAGCCAGGAGAAAGAAGCUUUCAUUCUUUCUAUCAGUGGCAGUGGCAGUUCCAGCAUGAGGGGAAACCAGUCCCGAAGAACAUAUGCACUUGGCGAGGGGUGAACACAUCAGUGUUUCAUCAGCAGGAAAGAAGUAGGGCUGGAAAAUGCCCUUUAGUUUCCUGUUUUCAUUCCCAGUCGUCUAUCAAUGAUGCUGCAGAAUUCAAAGUAGUAGCCGAUGCCAUGAAAGUAAUUGGCUUCAAACCCGAGGAGAUUCAAACAGCGUAUAAAAUCUUGGCUGCUAUUCUUCACUUGGGAAAUUUAAAGUUUGUAGUGGAUGGUGACACCACUCUGAUUGAAGACGGCAAGCUUGUAUCUGUCAUCGCAGAAUUGCUGUCCACCAAGACGGACAUGGUGGAGAAAGCCCUCCUCUACCGGACGGUGGCCACGGGCCGUGACAUCAUCGACAAGCAGCACAGCGAGCAGGAAGCCAGCUACGGGAGGGACGCCUUCGCCAAGGCCAUAUACGAGCGCCUUUUCUGUUGGAUUGUUUCCCGCAUCAAUGAUAUUAUUGAAGUCAAGAACUCAGACACCACCAUCCAUGGGAAGAACACUGUUAUUGGUGUCUUGGAUAUCUAUGGCUUUGAAAUCUUCGACAACAACAGCUUUGAGCAAUUCUGCAUCAAUUACUGCAACGAGAAGCUCCAGCAGCUGUUUAUUCAGCUGGUCCUGAAGCAAGAACAGGAGGAGUACCAGCGGGAAGGAAUCCCCUGGAAGCACAUCGAUUACUUCAACAAUCAGAUCAUCGUGGACCUGGUGGAGCAGCAGCACAAGGGGAUCAUUGCCAUCCUCGAUGAUGCCUGCAUGAACGUCGGCAGAGUCACCGAUGAGAUGUUCCUAGAAGCACUCAACAGUAAACUGGGCAAACACGGUCAUUUUUCCAGCCGCAAGCUCUGCGCCUCAGACAAGAUCCUGGAGUUUGAUCGAGAUUUUCGAAUUCGACAUUAUGCAGGGGACGUGGUGUAUUCUGUCGUUGGUUUUAUUGACAAAAACAAAGACACUUUAUUUCAAGAUUUCAAGCGCCUCAUGUAUAACAGUUCAAAUCCUGUGCUGAAGAAUAUGUGGCCUGAAGGCAAGCUGAGCAUUACAGAGGUGACCAAGAGACCGCUGACCGCUGCCACCUUAUUUAAGAAUUCUAUGAUUGCUCUGGUAGACAACCUUGCAUCAAAGGAACCAUAUUACGUACGUUGCAUCAAACCCAACGACAUGAAAUCCCCACAUAUCUUUGAUGAUGAACGCUGCCGGCAUCAAGUAGAAUAUCUUGGACUCCUAGAAAACGUGAGGGUGCGUCGGGCAGGCUUUGCCUUCCGCCAGACCUACGAGAAGUUUCUUCACAGGUACAAAAUGAUCUCUGAAUUCACCUGGCCCAACCAUGACCUCCCCUCAGACAAAGAAGCUGUCAAGAAACUGGUCGAAUAUUGUGGCUUUCAGGACGAUGUGGCUUAUGGGAAGACCAAAAUUUUCAUUCGAACACCCCGAACAUUGUUUACCUUGGAAGAGCUCCGUGCUCAGAUGCUUGUCAGGAUUGUCCUCUUUCUACAAAAGGUGUGGCGGGGCACCCUGGCCCGCAUGCGGUACAAGAGGACCAAAGCAGCACUGACAAUUAUCAGAUACUACCGUCGUUACAAAGUCAAGUCCUACAUCCACGAGGUGGCCAGACGCUUCCACGGCAUCAAGACCAUGAGGGACUAUGGCAAGCACGUGCAGUGGCCAACCCCGCCUAAAGUUCUUCACCGUUUCGAGGAGGUCCUACAGGCCAUUUUUAAUAGAUGGAGAGCAUCCCAACUUAUCAAGACCAUACCUGCUUCAGACCUGCCUCAAGUUAGGGCAAAGGUUGCAGCCGUGGAAAUGUUGAAGGGUCAACGGGCUGACCUUGGGCUCCAGAGAGCCUGGGAAGGCAACUAUCUUGCUUCGAAACCAGAUACACCUCAGACCUCAGGCACAUUCGUCCCCGUUGCGAAUGAACUGAAACGGAAGGACAAAUACAUGAACGUCCUCUUUUCCUGUCAUGUCCGUAAGGUGAAUCGAUUUAGUAAGGUGGAAGAUCGAGCAAUUUUUGUCACUGACCGUCACCUGUAUAAAAUGGAUCCCACUAAGCAGUACAAGGUGAUGAAGACUAUCCCUCUAUACAAUGUAAGUGCUCUCUGCUUCACUCUAAACAAAGGAUUUUUACCCUG